AUGGCUCAGGUUUGAUUUAGAAUUUUGAACGGAAAAAAUUCGCUUCAAUUCAUAUUUUGAACUAGGUUCAGAUGUUUUGAUGGAUCUCUAAUGAUAUUACUUUUUCUCUAAGAGAAUUUAUGAAAAGGAUGUUUUGAAAAAUUCGGAAAAAAAAGAGAAAAAAAAUUUUGGAAAAAGGUUAGAACGAACAAAAAUUUCGUAAAAAGUCUCUGGAAUACCUGGAAAAAACAUUUUUAAUUAAAAAUAUGAACGAAUCUCGAAAAUUUGGAAAAAAAAAAGUGAAAAAAGAAAAUCUGAACACAAUCGAUGAAUUAUGUUAACUUUUUCAGAUUGAUCAGGUGUCGACGGCGUCGCUGAACGGCCUCGGCGAAUCCAACGGAACCAACGGGUCCCACAGUUUACCCAUCGAACCCAUGGAUCUCUCAUCGGUAGGGUAUCAUCAAAGUAGCGUUGAACACACAUAAAAAGCGAAGACCGUAAGAAGAAACAAUUGGAAACUUGCAUUAUCUUGAUGUAGAACUUGUUAAAAUGGUCUUUGCAAACACUCUCACAGCUGAAUUUUAUCGUUGAAAAGUCUGAUAAUUCAGAAAGUUUUAAUAAUGGAAUAUUUUCAUGACCUUGUUGAUAAUCUUGCCAAUAUUACCUCUGUGAAAAUCUCCAAUAUUUCCAGAUUUCCAAUGGUUCUCCGGCAAAAGUUGGCUACGCCAACGCCUCCUCGUCCGGCGUUGACAGUGAGUUUUGUAAGAAUUUACCAUCCUCUUUGUUUUUGCUACCCUUUUCUUAUAUAUAUUCUCAGUUUUGAAGGAUAUUUUUCUAGAUGAGAGCUUACAACUUUCGCCGGCCUCCUUACGACGACGAAGUACACGGGCAAGUGCCUUGAAAGCGCAGGAGAAGAUCAAACUGAAGGACGAAAACGGACAGGAACACGUUCAGAACGGGGUUGGUGCUGUGGAAACGAUGAAUUAGGAUGAAGUUUUGGCUAGUGAAGUUAAAGGCUGUGGAAGCGAUUAAUAGUUUUUCCGUUAUUUUUCAAAACUUUUUUUUAAUGAAUCAUCGCAUUUUCUCUUGUUCUCUGUAGAAUAUUCCUUAAAUAAAGAGUUAUUUUCAGUGAGAAUCUUGUUUUUGCUCCUCCUUAACGUAAAUUUAUCUGUUUCCUCGGGGAAUUCGACCAAAAAUUUAGGAAUCCCAAAGGGUGAAAUUUGAAAAUGAGACUCUCGAAAAAAAUUUUUCACUUUGAAAGAAUUUUUCAAUAUUUCUUUUCGAUUUUCUUAACAAUAAAAAGGAUUUUUGAAGGGAGAAGAAGAGGAAAAAGACGAGGAGAUGCCGGCCGAAGACGGCGUUCCCGUCGCGAAAAAACGAAAGUUGGAAAACGGCGGCAACAUGGAUCAGUUCAGCCAUCGAUUCGGAAUUCGAGUAGGCUGGAUGAGGAAAGGAAGAAGGAACGAAGGUUCUGAUUGCAGAUCGACGAUGACGACGUCUACGCGUUGACUGAUGAGAGCGAAGUCUCCUCCCUGCACAACAGCGAAGUCGAAGUCAUCCGGGGACAUCUCGAGAAGGUUUCACACUUCAUUUUGCCGCUUUUUGUCGGAUAUAGUUCGAAAGAACAAGAAGAUUUCUUUCUUUUCGAAAAUUACUUCAUCAGUAACCUGGCUUCUACAGCAGUUUUUUUUAACAUUUCGUGAAUUUAGUAUUGAAAAUAAGUUCUACAAGUAAAUGAUGUUUGUUUAGAAAAUCAAAGAAGGUUUGUAUAAGUUAGUAAUCCGUUCAGCUUUUCGUGAGAAAGUUAGAAAAGUUUUUUUUACGAUAAUGAGGGCAAUUUUUUUUUUGAUAUUUCUUCUUGCUGAAUUUUUUUGAAUGGCUUCUUCUAGAUGUAUUCCCUCUUUAGGGAUAAAUUUUGAAGGCUAAAACUGCUUCUGUAUUCUAAACAUAAGUCUUCAAACUUUGAGUUGCUAGAAAAGUCACUUUCUAUUUUUUUAACUUUUUUGUUUUGCAGUACUUGAGCAAGGAACUGAGCGAGGAGCAGAAAAACGAACGGCUCAUCAUGAUCAAGCAGUGCGAGGCGGCGUUGAGACAGGAAGAAGCGCAGCUGACGAUGCUCAAGAAGGUCAAAUCGAGUCAGACCCUCGCCGCUCAGAAGGUUCUUUCACUUUCUGAGAGCCCUUAUCAUGGCUCGAAGCCCUUAUCUUCACUUCCUUGUCUGAUAAAAAUGCCCGUUUCUGGUUAUUUUUCGAAGCAAGUUGAGCUGGAAAGAGCGCGUUUCAUGGUGUUCAUAAGACCGUAAAAAGUUCAUCCUGGACUGCAAUAACUGAGUAGAAAGCGAAUAAAAAGAUCCAGUGAAACUGGAAUAAGUUGCAGUUAAAAAAACGCUUCUAUAAAACUCAACUCUUUACUUUUUCAAAAAAGAAUCUUCUUUUUUUCCAAGAUUGUGUAAAGCGUUCUCUAUCGUUGGUCUUUCAUUUUUCUUUCGUCGAUUCUUUGAUUUCUUUGGGAAACUGAAUCACUCCAACCAUCUCUUUUUUUUGUAAGUUUCCAUGACUCGAAAACGCUUCGAAUUCACAACAGUUUCGAUGAGAAUUUUUUGACUGCUUUUUUAAAAUUUGUUGAUGAAAAAAUCGUGUCCCUUUCAAAGCACCAAUGUUCUUGAGAAAAGAUCAAUUUUUGAAAUUAAUGCGUUCUCUAGUUUCACCUCUAUAACUUUUCUACAUCGAGAAACUUGAGUAUUGCCCUAAAGGUGCAGCUUUUCAGGCGGCCGAGCUGAAGAAACUGACGGCGAACCUUCCGCCGAGUAACAGCAGCGGCACGGCUUAUAAGCCGAUCGUCGCGCCGCCGUUGAAUAAACCGGCCUCGAGCAACGCCCAAAAUGCCAACAACAAUACCAAACGUUUGUUUUUCGAACCGAAAAUCAGAAGGAAACCUCGGUUUGUUGCAGAAAAUGCGGCUCGCAAUCCGUUGUUGGCUUUGAGCGGGUUGACGCCUCAGCAGCAGCAAGAGGUCUGUUUCCUUUGAAGGUUAUAGAGAAUGAGGCAGUGAUGCUAUCAGAAAAUCAUCGUUGAAGUUUUGACCUCCCAUAAAUUUAAUGAAUUUUUUUCGGCUUUAGUUUUUUAAUUUCUGAGCUGAAAGUUCAGAGCUGAGUGUUUUGAGCUAAACGCCUAGAUCUGAGAUUCCUGAGCUGGUUUUAAUGAGUUUUUCUCGAAUUUACACAAUCGCUAUUUUGAAUGAACUUCCUUUUCAAAGGUCAACUUUCUUCAAAAAUGGCAUUAAUUUGUGAAUUGUUUGCAGCUUCUGAGCCGAUUAGUCGCAUCGAAGGCCGGCGGGACGACCAACCAACAGCAGGCGGCCUUGAUCGCCCAGAUGAUCGCCCACAUCAACCAGCAGCAGCUCGCCCAGAAGGAGCAGCAGCAGGUCAAGGACCAUCCCACAGUGUCGGCCUCGACCGCCGGCAACAGCUUGGGACUGACACAGGUACGGAGAAUCCUUAAUUCUCCUGAUUUACAGGGCCGAUUGAAACAAUUUCAAGCUUUAUCUAGUCGAAAGAAAAUUUUUUUAAAUUUUUUUAUUCGAAACCUUGGGUUCUCCAGAUAGCUUUAUACAUUAUUAAUUUUUUUUCGCCCUUUUUUAUAUUGAGAGUCACUCUUUUCCUUUUGCCUGCACCAGACAUUUUUUGCUCGACAAUAGUUGAUCAUAAUCCAGCGAGAAUUGAUUUUUCUCGAAAGGUAUACAUCAUCGAUCGCUUCUCAACCAUGCAAAUUUUUUUUUCUUUUCAUAAAUACUAUUAAAUCAAACGACUUGUCUUAAAUAAUGAGGAACCGUACAUGAGGGAAGCAAAGUAUCAUUCCACAUAAAAAGGAUUUAACGUUUACUGAGACUCGACAAACUUUUCCAAAAUAGAAAAUACAGAAAAUACAAACCCGAAAAAAGUCACUUUGCAGCUUCAAUCGAAGGCUUUGGCAGCUCAGACUCCACAGCAGCGAUCUGCUGCGGCUCGAGCCGCCUUCCGAUCUCAGGCCGACAAACAGCUCGUGGUACGUUUCAUUCGAUUCAAAAAAUCAAUUGGAAAGACAGGAAAUUUAUCCUUUUUGAGUCUCAAAAAAUUUUUUUUCUUUUCAAAACUGGGAAUAUUCACAAAAUUAAGUCUUAUGAAAAUAGGACUGAUUUCAUCGCGUCGGAACACGUAAUGUUUUUUUCCUUCCCCCUAAAUCAGACCUCCUUCCGAUUAUUGCUCUUUCCUCUCUUUUUUUCCUUUCCAUGGUUUUUUCACAUUCCAUAAUAUUGUUGAAUAAUAUUUUUAUUUUGAAAAUGGGUUUUAAACUUUUUUCAGCUUCUGAAUGGUCCGAAAGCGCCUGGCCCCGAAAUCUUCUUCAUUCCCAACGCAAAUCAACCAGAUUUCGUGCCGCUUCUCGGCCUGGAUCUUGUCGUUCAACGGGUACUCAAAGACAAGAAUGUUAUGAGGUUCGUUUUCCUUCUUUUUUUCUCUGAAUUUUCCUAUUUAUUUUAGACCGGUUACGGAGCCUUGUUACGUGUGUGAAGAGUGUGGAACGGAUUUCACGACCGCUUGGAAGGUCUCUUUUUCUUUUUGGUUUUUGGCUGAUCGAAGUUUUCGAUGAUUCCUGUAGAGAUCAUACUGUUAAGAAAAAUUUUUUUCGUUCGGAAAUUUCUCUCGGUGAUUUUUUUAAACGCUAAUGUUGAAAAAGUUUGUAUUUUUUUAAAAUUAUUUCACGAAAAAAAUUUCUUUUUACUUCUCUUCAAAAAAAUUUAGAAUCCUAGUUGAAAACAGAAUCUUUUUGUUUUGACCAACUUUAAUAGAUUUUUGGAAAAAUUAUUUUUUUGGAUGUUUUUUUCGAAAUUUGAAUUCUGGAUGUUCUGAAUUGAUAAAAUUUUUUUCUAAACUAUUAUUUUUUUAGAAAUUUUUAGACAUUAGACCUUCAAUAUGUUUCGACUUGACGACUUAAAAAUACUUGAGCACAGGAAGAAGAAUAAAAAGCAAAAAAUUGAAAUAAAAAAGGAAGAGGAAGAAAAAUGUGGAAACUAGUUAUUUUAAGGCGAUCGGAACGCAUCCGGACGAGCUUCAUCUGUACUGUGAGGCGUGUGUUCGAAGUGCUCAGAAACGCAAAAUCCGCAAUGACCACACGGGGCUCUUGAAAAAGGCUUUCGCCAAGAUUUGCAGUCAGGAGAAGGUUCUUUUUCGAAAGUGACAUGAAUAAAAUAAACCGUUUCUUCAGGAGUUUGAGAAACAAUUGGCCGAAGGAAAAUUGGACGAUGCACUGGCCGCCGCCGCCGCCAGUCAACAGUCCCAGGCGGCGAGGGCUCAUAACAGUGUGUUUUCGUUUUCUUUUUCCAAGUUCUUUUAUAAUUCUUUCAAAAGUCAUGCGAAAGACUCAAAGGAAAACCAUUUCUUUAGAAUUAUUUCAAAAUACCUGAAAUGAAAAACAAUAUUUUUUGUAAAGCUUUUCUAAUUUGUUCUAAAGACGUUCUAAGGUCCAUCGACAGAAUUUUUGAAAAUCCAGCAUAUUUCAAAACAAAAAAAAACAUUAGGUAUAAAAGCUCAGUGAAAUUGCAAAAAAUUGAUUCAGAACUGAUUUGAAUGGUUUCAGACUCGUUGCCAUCGACUUCUUCGCCACUCCCGACCCAGCACCGAACUUCGAGCGUUUCGACGCCGACGAACGUCGCCACGACGUCCAAUUCCAACACUCCGGCUAGCAGCAAAAUGCCCCAGGUACCAACAUUUCACCUCCACCUGAAAAACUAAUGAUUUGAAAUUACAUUUUCAGUUGAAACAAAUGUCGUCUGCGCCGUCCAAGUCGUCGACGCCGACAAACUCGAAAAAGAACAACUCGGCGGCUUCGAACGUUCGUUUUCCAUUGAAAAUAGCCUUUCUUUUUAUUUUUGCCGCAUACAAAGCUGAUUCUAGGCGUAAAUCAGAUUCUAGGGUUUUCCUCAGGGUUGCUAGGUAUUCUUAAGUGACUUCUUCUUUUUAAAUCGUCGCUUUCCUCCAAUUUCUCAAUUUUGGAACGCCAGAGUGGUCGGUCCUUAGAGAGGCAGCCUCAGCGGCCCUUGUAGGUCCCCCUGACGAGAGCACCUUACCUCCCUCCAUAGGGCCAUUUUCCCCCGAGCCCUUAUGGUGACCACUAUGACGUUCUUAACGUAGCUUUGAACGCAGAAUUAACUUCAAAACUUCUUUUUCAUUUUUCUCAAGCGCCAUUUCACUUUUAUUUUUUCUUGAAUUUUGAAGUCAAAAUUGAGAAAAGUUUAUUCAUUUAUUUAUUUAUUUUUCUCACUCAAGCACGAAAAUACAAAUACAGGAAAGAACGUAUUUGAGUGAAGUGAGAGCCGAUAUAUAAUCGCCCCAACGAGCGUUUUACCGGGAUGGGAGACACGUAUUGAAAAUUUAGAACAAAAGAAAAAGUUGGUUUCUCAAAGAUUCUUUUUUCAGGCGAUGAGCGCCCAGAUGCAGCAAAUAAUACUUCAACAGUUUUUGCAAGGACCCAUGAGACAGCAGGCGAACUUCCCCGCCUUGCAGCAGCACAUGGUUCGUUUCUUUUCUGUAUUCAUUCUCUGAAUUUCCAUAUUUCUUGAAGUUCUGUUUCAAUAGGAUUAUCUUGAUAUAAUUUAUUGAUUUUUAAGAAAAAUAUUAAGAAAUAAAUAUAAAAAAAGAACUUGAAUGAAUGAAUGAUUUAAAAAUUAGAAUAUCUACCUUGACCAUGUUUCCAUAAAUGAGAAUGAAAUCUAUCUCUCUUUCAACGGAAAACCAGAUUUAUCAAUGAAAUUUUUAAAUUUCGUCAAAACUACUAUCCAUAUUUUUUCGAUUUUUUCGCCUUUAUUUCUGGAAUUUCAUAUCAGUUUUUAAAGUUCUUUUUUUCAGUCGGUGAUUUCAGAUUUAAUCCGAACCUAUGAAUGGAUUGAUAUAAAUACAAAAACUAGCUCUAAACUCUUCCAGAUGCAAAUGUGGGCGAACCCGACGUUGGCAGCGGCGGCGAUGAACGCUCAGAGAAUGCAAAAUCCAAACAUGGCCGCCAUGAUGGCCAUUAUGCAAGCGGCGCAGGUACUUUCCUAUCCCAGAGUUUUCAUCGAUCAUCUUCAUUUUUAGCAGAGCAACAGCCAGAACAGUUCGGCGCAAGCUCAGGUCCAACAACAACAACAGCAACAGCAAAUGGCGGCUUUAGGUUCGUUUAUUUGAAAAAAAUAAAAUAAUGCAGUGAUUAAAAAAAUCUAGCUCACCAAAAAAACGAGAGAAAAAAAUUUCCAUGUUUUUUUCAUCUAAUUUAGUUCUGAAGUGCUUGCUUUUUUUAGUUCAUUCAUAGCAGUUUCUUUUUUGUAAUUCUCAUAAAUGAAGCCUCUGGAUGUUUCUUGAAAAACAACAUUUUUUUCUAAGAUUUGGGUUGAUUUUCAAAUCGAAUGGCCUAAAAUUGAACCUUUAAUCUUUACGUAACUUUUUUUUUACUCCAGUUGCUUAAAAGUUUUCGUGAACGGUCAACUUGUUUAGGUCGAGUCGAUUAAGACUAAAAAAGAAAAAAUAAAAAUUGAUCGAUUAAGAGAUAAAAGUGAUAAUGUUUUCAGUAGCCAUGAUGGGAGGAAACGCGGCUAUGAUGAAUCCGCACAUGAUGCGCGCCUUGCAGCAGCAAAUGACCAGUGCACAUCAGAGAAAUGCCGACGCCCUCAAGAGCAAGAAAUAA